UCGAUUUGUCGAGCCAUUUCAUGUGAAUCGAAUCAAGGUCAGCUCCAAAUGUUUAAACUGUGAUUUUUCUAUGGAGGUAUCCACGUUCACUGAAAUGGCUCAUCAGCUUUAAGCUUCUCAAAACCGACAUUAAGUGUUAAAAACUGCUGUGUAAAAAUGUGUACAUCACUAAACAAAUUUUUCGGAAAAAUUCGCAUCCCAAAUCUAUUAUUCUGAACAAACAGGCACGCUUCAAAAGAAAACCCGGUGAUCUAUGUUUUGAUGUGUUUUGUGUUGAAAAAGGUGUCUGUUCCCGAAAAUAUAUUGGAAUGAAUUGUUGGAAUUUGAACGUAAUUCAUUUGAUUUACACAGUUGCGCUCGUGCGCUGCUACGUUGGAAAGUUAAAGGACAAACCGAAGAUCUGGUCUCCAGGCGUCAUCAAAGCUAUCAAAGCCUCUUCAGUAGAAAAGGUCAAGGUCACCGGAACUACAUCUGAACAGUUCGAGCGAUUCAUUAGAAGGCACGGAAGAAGUUAUAAAACGGAAUUCGAAAAAAAGAUCCGAUUUAAAGUUUUUCAGGAAAACUUGAAGAUAAUUAAAUCUCUCAAUGAAGAAGCAAAUGGAAGCACUACUUUUGGCAUUACACCAUUUACUGAUUGGACAACAGAUGAAUUUAGAACCCGGUACCAUUUGCCUGGACACCCUUCGCUUGAACCACCGUCAACAGUUGAAAAACUUAUCACUCGAAGAGCGCCAUUUGAAGAUCAUUAUGGAAGGGUAAAACAGGUACCUGCAUCAAUUUCAUCCUCCCACGUCAUCUUCAUCCGUCGCACGGACCCUGAAAAAAUAUCGCCUGACAUAAGCUCUUACACUGAGAAUGGACCCUCGAGAAAAAUAGAGACUGCCUCCCCAUCUCCCUCUUUGUCUCCAACCGGGUCAGUGGGAAGCACACAAUCUUCCGAUGAAGCAAGCGCAUCCUCUUCCCCAAAAAGCGAGACAUCUAAAAGGAAGCUCAAAGCUCAAGAGGACCCCAUCAGUGAAAUCGAUUGGCGGGAUCCGCAAGAAACUUACCCUAAAAUAAAGAACCAGGGUGAUACGUGCGGUAGCUGCUGGGCAUUUGCUUGCAUCGGUGCUAUGGAAGUUCUCUGGGCUCAAAGAGUCAAGAAACUCUUCCGAUUCUCCGAACAAGAGCUAAUCGACUGCGUGGCGGGCAACGACGGCUGUGAUGGCGGAACAAUCAAGGUUGGGCUGGAAUACCUGAAGGACCAUGGAGUGACGUUCGAUGACGAGUACCCGUUCACGGGGGCCAACGGAACAUGCAAACGCGACAAGUCUGUUGCAGGGCGCCUCAGGGAUGUCAUCGAGGUCAACGGGGGCACCAAAGCCAUAAUCGAGGCUCUUCAGACCAGCCCCGUGGUCGUUGCCUUCCAUUUCCCCGAUGGCAAUUAUGGACAGUUUUAUAAGGGUGGACUGUUCAAUCCAAAAUCUUGCACCGGUAACGUAGAUCACAGUGGUGUCAUUGUUGGUGUUACCAAAGAAGGGAACUGGAUCUUUCGAAACAGUUAUGGUGAUGCAUGGGGCAUAAAAGGUCAUGCAAUAUUCAAAAAUGGAGCAUGUUUAAUGGGUGAUCCUCGCUACACGUAUGCCAUAGUUGCCUAAUUUUUGCGAGUCUCUCAAGAUGUUACUCGAUAUAUAUUGAAUAAAAUUGUGUAUGUACAAUAUUGUA